AUGAUAAUUCUAUUGAUUUUAGGUCUGAUUGAGAUAAUAGUCUGUUAGAAUAGAUUUUAUAGCCAAGAUCCAAGUAAUGAGAUUACAAAGCCAAGAACACAUGCAAAGAUUAGUGAGAAUGGUAAAUGUAUGGUGUAAUAAGAUUAGAUACAAACUUUGAUUUUUAUUUUGAGUUUAGUGAUGAUAAGAAAGAAGUGACAAUGUUUAUAGAGAUAGAUAAGAUGAGUUAUUUUUCAUUAGGAUUAGGGAAAUCAAUGUCAGAUGCUGAUUUAUGGGUAUUUGAAGUUUAUGAGAAUGUAAUAACAGUAAAUGAUUCAUCUUGCGUGAAACACGGAAAGCCACCAACAGAUAUUUCUUAAGGAGGAACAUAAGAUAUACAACUUUUGGGUUAUUAUUAUAAUAAGGAAGGUAAAACAGGAGUAAAAUUUAAGAGAUUAGCAUAUACAGGUAUAUUUGAAUAUAUAAUAAUAUAGGAGAUAAAUAUGAUAAAGAUUUAGUGGAAGGAGAAGCAGUAGAUUUUAUAUGGGCACAUGGUAAGACAGAAUCUAAUCUAACAGUUUCGAAUCAUGGUACAGUUAAUAGAGGAUCAGUAUAAUUAAAUUUUACCGAUGGAGGAGGGAGUAAUGAUGUUGUAGUAGUUGAUGGAGACAAUAUAUAUUAUAUUCACAAGUGGACAAACUUUGUAUGUUGGGGUAUAGCUAGUGAUAUUGCCAUCAUUAUUGCAAGAUAUUAUAAAACUUGGGGAUAUCGAACAUAUUUACAUGGAUUUCUAUUUAUCUUAAUUGUAACAAGUUCAAUUACUACAGCUAUUAUGAUGAUUAAUACUGAUUGGAGUGUAAUUAAGUGGGAUAAUUUUUAAGAAUAAUCGAUCGAAAAUUAAUUCCAUAUUAUCAUCUUUGUUAUUGUUGCAUUCUUUAUGAUUGCAUAAACUAUUGGAGGCAUUCUUUAUAAUUAUAUGUUAACUUCAUUCAAAAUUAAUUAAAAAGUUUCAUCCAAACCAUCAAUUCAUGCCAUUCUAGGAUAUUUUGUAUAUAUUCUAGGCAAAUUGUAAGUCAUUGCAGGACUUUUAAUGGAUUACAAUAUUUUAUUUAUGUUAAUCUUCAUUACUGUUUUCUUAUGUCGAAUUAUCUUAGAAAUCUUUUAUAGAAAAGGAGGCUUAAUUAAAUUAGUUAUGACUUCCAAUAAAACACAUUCUAAUAAAGUUUAUUCAGAUACUUUAGAUCCUUUAUUAAAUGUUAAUAAAAGCUAAUUUGAAGAAAAUAUUUAAAAAUUAUCCAAUAAAUUAUGGUGUAUUUAUAAAAACAACAUUGUUGAUUUAUCAUAAAUGAUUCAUCCUGGAGGCAAUUAUAUUUGGAAACUUAUUCAAGGAUAAGAUGUUACAAGAUACAUUUUAGGAGCAUAUACUCUUGAUACAUUAUCAAUUAAACCUUAUAAACAUACCAUUUACACUCUCAAAAUUCUAGAAUAAUAUACUACUAAUAUAUAAGUAAAUUAAGAUUUAGAAUUCUUUGUUGAUAAAAUAAAUAAUAAUCUUACUAAACUUAAACAAGAAUAAUGGAAAUUGAAUACAGUCAUACCUUAUACUGAUUAAAUUGCCUACUUUGGAUUUGUACAUCAAAAGUAUCAUUUUAUUAAUACCUUGUCUGGUCUUCAAACCUUUGCUUAAUACUUCAUCAUCAAACCCAUUGAUCAUUCUUCCAUUUCUACUAGAUAAUAUACAAUGGUUUAAAGUAUGACAUCUCAAAGAGUGAAAUAUCGAAAAGAAUUAUCAGAACUUUUUAAAAAAAUACUUAAUUUAUAAAAUAUUCAAAAGGAAAUUCCAAAAGAAGACUUGUACUCAUCUGAAUUACCUUUAAUAAUAAAAAGAUAUCCUUCUAAAAAUGGAUUCUCAUAAUUCAUUCAUGAUGACAAUCGCAAAGGAUAAUAUCUUAUUGAAGGACCUUAUGGAUAAAAUAUUUCAAUUGAAAAUGGUAAUCAUUUAGUCUUUAUUGCUGGUGGUACUGGAUUGUUUCCCUUUUUAGACAUUCUUGAAUAUCAACUUAAAUUGACCUAUCAUUCAAUUUUAUUAAAACAAUUUGGUUAAGAUGCCACAUAAAUUAUUAACAUUGGAUUAAUUAAAAAUUUUAAAAUCACUCUAUUUCUUGCUGUAAAUUCACUUGAUGAUUUGGUAAUUAAAUUUUUUAUUAUUUUUAUUAGAUUGGUAAAGAUAUCUAUUUAACUUUGUUAACCUUACAAUCUUAAUUAGAUAUACCGAAUUUUAAAAUGAUUGUUAGAGGAAACUUCAAAUUGAAAGAAUGUGAAAUAAUUACAUAAAGAUUUAAUGCCCAAGUUUUCAAAACAUUUAUAGGUGAUCUUAAUGCAGUUUCUAAUUACUUUAUUUGUGGUCCACCAAUAAUGAAUUAAACAACAGAAUAAAUAUUAAAUGAAGAAGGAAUACAUAAAAUAACAAUUCUAUGA